AUGCCGCCAAAAGCUCAGCCCAAGGGCAAGAAGCCCGCGCCCGACUUCAACCCCGUCGUAGCCUUCUACCUCUUCUGCGGCACCCACAUCAUCUCCGCCCUCUACGCCCCAGUGCAGGACUGUGACGAGGUCUUCAACUUCUACGAGCCCACCCACUACCUGGACCACAAACACGGCCUGCAGACAUGGGAAUACUCGCCCGAAUAUGCCAUCCGGAGCUGGGCGUAUGCUGGCAUCCACGCCGCCAUUGCCGCCGUCGCUAGGCUGCUCCCCGGCAGCACCAAGACCACGCAGUUCUACUUUGUCCGCCUUGCUCUGGGCUUCUUUUGCGCCUGCUGCGAGACGCGCCUGUUCUCGACCAUCGCAAGGACCCUGAACCCCCGCAUUGCUGUGUUCUUCCUCAUUGCCAUGGUCUUUAGCCCGGGCAUGUUCCAUGCCUCGACCUCGUACCUCCCUUCGAGCUUUGCCAUGUGCACAAACAUGCUGGCUGCAUCCGCCUUCAUGGACUGGAAAGGCGGCCUCAGGACGGCUGCAGGCAUCUUUUGGUUUGCCGUAGGCGGCAUUCUCGGGUGGCCCUUCGCCUCCGUCCUGGUUCUGCCGUUCGUUGCCGAGGAGCUUUUCCUUGCCCUGCAGACCGGCUCCAUCUUUGACACUGCUAGAAGAUUCCUCGAUGGAGCCGUGCGAUCUGUCUGCCUCCUGGUCGUGUCGGAGUCGAUUAACUCGUUCUUCUACCGAAAGCUCGUGUGCGUGCCGCUGAAUAUAGUCCUCUACAAUGUCUUCAGCGGCCCGGGUAGAGGGCCCGAUAUCUACGGAACCGAGCCCUGGCACUUCUACGUCCGGAACCUCAUCCUGAACUUUAAUGUUUGGUUCGUUCUGGCGGUUGCUGCACUCCCGUUGCAAGCGUUCAGCCAGCUCUUCCGCAAGCAGCCCUCGACCAAGUCAAGCAUCCUAAGAGGCAUUAUUUUCGUGUCACCCUUCUACCUGUGGCUCACCAUCUUCACCCUUCAGCCUCACAAGGAGGAACGCUUUAUGUAUCCCGUCUACCCUUUCCUGGCGUUGAACUCUGCCAUUUCUUUGCAUGUUCUUCUUACGUAUUUUGGAUCCUCGGAUCCCCACCGCCUGAUCGGUAGGAUCCCAGCCAAGCUGAAGUUGGGCGUCGCCGUUGUCUUCGUCGUGGGCGCAAUUGAUAUUGGCGUCUGGCGCGCGAUGGGAUUGAGUACUGCGUAUUCGGCACCGCUGCAGGUAUAUGGACCCCUGCACGAAGCGGGAGGAUCCAAGCCGGGUGACACGGUUUGUCUUGGGAAAGAGUGGUACCGAUUUCCGUCCUCUUAUUUCCUGCCCGACGGUGUCAAGGCCAAGUUCGUCAAGAGCGCUUUCACCGGACUUCUUCCUGGCGAGUUCAGCGAGGCAAACGUUGGCUUCGGGCUGUACCCGGGUGCGUGGCUGAUCCCGUCCGGCAUGAACGACGAGAACAAAGAGGACCCGGGAAAAUACACGGACAUCGAGCACUGCACCUUCAUGGUCGACUCGUCGCUACCGAGCUCGACGCCAUCUGAGCUGGAGCCGGACUAUGUUGGAGACACAGCGACCUGGGAAGCAGUGAAAUGCGAAAGGUUCCUUGAUACAGCGGCGACGAGCACUAUCGGCCGGCUUGGGUGGGUGCCAGAUCUCCCGUUCGUUCCAGAACGCCACCGCAGAAGGUGGGGAAGAUACUGCUUGCUCCGCCGCAAAUCAGCAUCGGGCGACUCGGCGUAG